AUGUCUUUCAAUGAUUUGGAAAGAGGUGAGGAUAGAAAUGCUUAUGGUUCCCGUAGUGGACGUCAUUAUGGAACUUCUGGGCCUUCUUCAGGUGUAUCCCUCCAAACAUUAGACGACGAUAGACAAUAUAAAGCUUUAAAAAUAAAUCUAUCUCAACAAAUUUUUGACAUCACUAGUAAUGUGGCUUCGAUACAGAAACUAGUGGGACUUUUGGGAACAGCAAAAGAUACGCCGGAGCUAAGGGCUAGAUUACACAAAUUGACCGACGACACGCGUGAUCUGGUCAAAGACACAAGUAACGAUAUUAAAAAACUAUCUCACCUUGAAGGAAGUAGCGGACAGACCGAAAUCAAGCGGGCACAACAAAAGCGUGAACAGCAAAAACUUUCACAAGAUUUCCAAAAGACACUUCAAGAAUUUCAGAAAGUACAAAGACUAUCUGCUGAGAAACAGCGAGAAUAUGUUGACAAAGUGAAAGCUCAUAAUGUUCGUAAUGAUUUUUAUGACGAAGAAGCGGGUAUCGCGGAAGAACAGCCUCUUAUUGAUGACUCACAACGUCGUCUUCAGGUCCAAGUUCUUGAUAAUGAAAUAGAAUACAAUGAUUCAUUGAUAGCAGAACGUGAGGAAGAAAUUAGAGAAAUAGAACAAGGAAUCAACGAACUUAAUGAGAUCUUUAGAGAUCUGGGUACUUUAGUAACGGAACAGCAAUCAAUGUUGGAUAACAUUGAGAGUAAUGUCGACAAUAUUUCAUCUAAUAUGAGAAAUGCGACCGAGGAGUUAUCUGUUGCUGAGCUAUAUCAAAAGAAGGCUCGAAAUCGGAUGUGUUGUCUUUUAUUAAUUUUCGCCAUUGUUGGUGCAAUAGUGGUUUUGGCAGCCUUGGCUUAA